UAAAAAAUAUUAAUAAAUUGUGUUUACUUUUUGGUCUGCUAGUUCCAAAAAAACAUUACAGUUUGAUUUUGUAAGUACCUCUACUUCUGUAGCGAUCAUAUAAAAAGGAGGCCGAAAGUCUGUUAGAGACAUUCAAUUCUACAAAAUGAAAUACUGCAUCGCUUUCGUGCUACUACUUGGCGUCUCCCUUCAAACCUCUGCAAAAGAUGAUGAGGAGCAGAUGGCCCGCAACCUCAUGAGCUGUGCCGAACAAGAGGGCCUUUCUAAAGACGCCGUGAAAGAAAUUGCAAGUACUGGUAAAAGGCCAGAGUAUUCCGUGAUGAAGUGCUUCGAUAAAUGUAUGAUGGAAAAGGUUGGAGCAGUAGGUCCUGAUGGAAAAGUUAAUGAGGCCCCAUUGAUUGGGCUUUGUCUAAUUAAAUAUCCAAAGAUGGACGAGUCCAAAUGUGCCAAACUCCUUAAAGAAUGUGCGUUUGUUGAUAAGCAUGACAAAUGUCUUAUGUGUUACGAAGCCGUAACAUGCUGGGACAACAAGAUCAAGCAAAUGACAUCAUAAAGAAUUUAUUGACAGCUGCCGACUUUAAUCAUUGACUAACAGAUUAUAAUGUCUUCCAUUUCUUGAAAGCUUUUAAAGGUCUUUAGUUUCAAUUGUCCUCUUCUAUAGUUGUAUGAUCUGUUUUUGUUUAUAAUUAUUCUCAUUUAUAGUAGCUUUCUCUUUAAAAUCGCUUAUUUUUUGUGCAUAUUUUCGCUUUAUUGUUUAAGUUAGCUCUUCUUCAG